AGGCAAAAGAUAAGAGGGGCAUUUGGUUUUGGUUUGUGAAUUUGGGAAGUUAAUUUUUCAAAAAGAAAGAAACAAACUUGAAAAGUGGUACUUGCACAGUACUCGAUGACCUAAUGCAAAUUUUCUUUUCUUUUUUCUAUUAAAAAGAAAAAAAAAGAGUUAAAAGGGGUUUGGCAUAAAGACAAGACGUUUAUUUAAAGUGUCAGAAUUGAAAACUUUGAUUGCAGAACAACAGAAUGUUGUCGAGGGAACAGUUGCUCCAUCUCUUCAAUCGAUUCUCUUACCUCACUUCUCAGUCUGAUGUUAAGAAAAGGAUUGCAGAUGCUGUUCAAGACCAGCAGGAACCUGUAGCUGUAACCACUAACAUACAGGAAGAGAUAUUUUUGGAAAUGGGAAUCGAUCCUAGUUUUGGCAUAUCAUGCCUGGGAAAAGUGAAUACGACUUAUGAAAGUGAUCAGGAAUUGAUGAUUCAGUUUUACAAAUUCGUUUCAAAGGAAGAAAUGGUUUGUGAUGAAGCACAGCUUGGACCAGAUGAAUAUGCUGAAAGAAUGCGUCGCCAAGAACUACUACAAGAGCAGCAACUUGAGAUGCUGAAGCUUAUGCGCAAGUUUGAUCUUGAUGAUCAAUCUACAAUUCUCCAGAAGUUGCAUCAACAGAUGGAAAAUGCUGACUUUGAUUUUGAGGUAUCAGUUUUGUCAGCAGAGCAAAUUCAGGAUAUUGUUCGGCGGAGGGUCUCGCCUUUAUACAAGCCUAGGUAGAUCAAAAACUUGUAACUCAGGGAAAUUGUGUAUUUGUUCAACCGCAAACAUUUUCAGGCUUUCCCUUACAUCUGUUGCCUGUCUCAAAACAAAUUCUUGCCUUAUGGUUGAUGAACUUUGUUUUUUGUUCUAUGUAUUCAGUCACUCAGAUUUCAAUUUUUUUAAUGGGAAAUCACACUGUUUUCUUUUA